GCGCCCAAACGAGCCCGCAUCACAGGCCCCGACUCCGGAGACAAAGCGGCAGCGCCUGCUCCGGUGAAGCGGACCAGCGCGGCCAUCCUCGCUGAGAAGAUCCGCCUGCAAAAGCUAGAGGUGGAAAUGCGGCUACGUUUGCAGGAGUUGAAGCAGAACUCGCUUGCAAAGUCUUCCUCAACGACGACCCCAGCGGUUACAGUGGCGGCGGUAGCCACGACGACCAUGCAGUCCGCGACUUCCGAGGCUCCGUCGAAGACGGUGGUUGCGCCCGUCGCCUCCUCACCGAGGCCGGAGUCGCCACUGUCAUCGCCGUCCAGAGCAGCGGCGUCAAGGACUGUCGUGGUCUCGAAGGCUACUGGAAAAGUUGCGCCGGUGACGCCGACAAAGACGACUGGCCAAGGCCAGGCCGCCACUGUUGGUGCAGAAGCAGCAGUUGCAGCCGUACCGACUGUCACCGUCACAAUCACUGUGGGCAACAACAACGAGUCCAGCAGCAACGAGCCGGCAGUUUGCCGACACCGGACUGCCAUGGAGGCCAUGUUCCUUGAACACUGCGAGAAGCAGCUGCAGACGAGCUAUCCCUACGUUGGACUCUCUUCAUCGGAGUUCUCGUUACCCCAGAAGGACGCACUAAAGGUGCAGUGA